AUGGGACUGGGAUAUGAUUCUUCUCCAACUCGCAAUCCGAAAGGAUUUCAGAGUCCAAGUGGAAAACAUCAAGGAAAGGAGUGCUAUUUCUGUGGGUCCUUAGGACAUAUCAGGGCUUUCUGCAACAAGUACUGGGCUAGAGUCGACUAUGCAUGGAAACGAGGACGCUAUCAUUGGAAUCGUCAUCUAAACCAGUUCUUCAUCAGAAAAUCGGAUCUAUAUCAGAAUCCUGCCCGACGUACAUCAACUGGUGGUUCAAGACAGCGUGUCUACUCCAACAUGGCCUUACUUGAAGAAAUCGACGAAGCUGACAACACUGGACCAUGGUACUUCGAUAGUGGAUGCUCCAGACACAUGACAGGAGUCAAAGAAAAUCUUCAAGAAGUGAAGAAGCUAAAAGGAGGGAAGGUCACUUUUGGAUGUGGAACCAAAGGGAUGAUUCAAGGCAAGGACGCACCUCUGAUGAGCAACCACAGCUUAUGA